AUGGCGUGCGGGUACAAGGCGGCGGCGGCGCGCGACGUCCCCGGCGUGCUCCUCCUCCUCCUCGUGGCCUCUCUCGCCACGGUUACCAGGUGUGCGUGGGUGGGUGACUACGCGUCGGACCACGGGUGCGGCAAGACGUUCGUGGAGGCGCUGUGCGACCCGGCGGACGCGGCCCAGAACCGCGCCUGCAGCGACGCCUGCCACUACAACGGCUGCGGCGGCGGCCGCUGCGUCUACGUCGCCACCGCCAGGGGAUGCUACUGCAAGCCAUAG